GAAGGAGACGGUGAUGAGAAGGUUUUGGAAUGUGCAGCUACGUCACUGCCAACCGCAUCAAGAACACUUUGCCUGAAUUGGUGUGCAUUCAAAACCCAUCCUUGUGUUUUUAUAUGAAAAAUCGGCGCAUAUCCUUUGAUUGCAAAAUAGCGAACUAUCUGGGUUACAGAGUCUUCUGUCCGACAGUGGAGAUAUCAGAAGCGGGACGCGAAUUCGUUUCCAUGGAGAUUAGACGGACGCGUUGAUCGGUGUCGCCGCUUGCAGCUGAAGGGGGGGAGGCACCGGAGGACGAAUUCGCUCUCGUCUCCGUCAGAAGCGGUGAUGAUAGGGAGAUGCCUUUUCACAACAACGUUUAUUAUCCGUAUCCGUCAGACCCUACUGGGGCACGUUCAUCAGCAGGGAUCCCCUCCCUGCUGAACUCCCCUCAGAGCCAGCACUCGUCCAGCGGCCCGGCGGGACCCUCAGGGAUGUCGGGGGCCACCGCUGCCCUCCCUGCCUUCAAGUUCCGCCCACGGCGGGAGAGCGUGGACUGGCGGCGCAUCAGCGCCAUCGACGUGGACCGGGUGGCCAGCGAGCUGGACUUCCAGACGCUGCAGGAGCACAUCAUGGGUAUCACCUUUUGCAGUGUGGAGCACGAGCGCUGCCCGUACUGCCAGAACCCCGUGGACCCGGUGCUGCUCAAGCUCUUCCGCCUGGCACAGCUCACCGUGGAGUACCUGCUGCACUCCCAGGACUACCUGACCCAGAGCCUGCAGGGGGCCGAGGAGAAGCUCCAGGCCUCGGUGCUGGAGAGGGAGCAGCUCCAGGGCCAGCUGCAGAAGCAGGCCGAGGACCUGAAGGGACUCAAGGAGGAGCUGCGGCAGAGGAAGAAGAUCAUUAUGUCCCAGCAGUCUAUGAUCAACGCCGGCAUGGGCAGUUACCAUAAGUGCCAGCAUUGUGAUAAAGCCUUCAUGAAUUCUUCCUUUCUGCAAAGUCACAUGCAGCGCCGUCAUCCCGAAGAGUAUGACAUCAGGUUAAUGUCAGAGAAACAGAGGAAGGUGCAGGCAGUGAAGCUGCAGGAAGAGAUCAACAAACUGAAGGAGCAGUUAACUCUGACUAGGUCCCAACUGGAGACACAGCAAGCCCACAUGGUGAAAGCAUCUCAGGAACAAGAGCAGCGGGCCAAGGAAGAGGAGGUUCUGAAGCAGCUGGAGAGAUGGAAGCAGGAAGAGAGGGAACGACUCAGCCGGCAAAUGGAGGAAAUGAGAGAGAUGUUUCUGAAGGAAUCCAAGGACCUCAAGACUGAAUUACAGCAAUAUAAAUCACAAGUUAAUCAACUCUCUGAAAUGGAGGAGUCCAAUCGGAAGAUAAGGUCCGACAUAAUUGCACUGCAGGAUGAGAAGAUCCUGGCCAGCACCGAGGACAGGCACAGAGAGGAAGUCCGCAAGCUUCAGCACCUGCUUAAGAAACAGGAUGAGAAAUGGGUGUCACGAAUGCAGAAAGUGCAAGAGGAGCACGAGAGAGAAAAAAAUCAGCUCCACGGAGACCUGCGCCGGCUGCAGUCGGUGACGGAGGGCCAGGAGCUGAACAGGAGGCGCAUCGAGGAGAUGAGCUGGAAGCUGCAGGAGCAGAAGGAGCUCAUCGCCUCGCAGAGACAGCAGAUGAAACAGCUUGCCUCAAAUCCACCUCCUCCCAGAGUGAUAGAGCAGACAGUCAUUGCUGCAGCACCAGAGCCUAAACCAAAGCCACAGAUGAAUGAUUCCUCCAGCAUUUCUGAAAAGGAGCCUGAAGUGAAAAGACAGCUGCCCAUAAAUGCCUUGAGGAAGAACCCCGCUUUAAAGAGGGAACUGCGGCUGGCUUUAGAACAGACACUGUUAGAAAAGCUGGAGUCCCUUGGUGUCAAACCGGGCGCGAGUGGACUUUCAAAAGAUGAGCAUAGUGACAUUAUGGCCAAAGUGCGUUCUGAAAGAGAGAAGAGGGCGAAGAUGUUCCCGGACUAUCGCCGCCUUCGAGAAGACCUCUCCCACAGCUUGACUCUGAGGGCGAAGGAGCGGACGACAGAGAGCACUUCAGUGCCAGAACAAUACAGCAGACCCAAGCACUCACCAGAUGAAGUGACACAAACAAGGAGCAGGUCGAGCACCUUGUCCUCACGGGUCACCCAGGUGGUGUCCAGAUCGAACCCCAAGCCACAGCAGCCCCCCCAGCCAGCCCCGAGGAGCAAGACAGGCACCAUCCCCAAAACCUCCACCCCCAGAGCUGCUGAGCUCAGCUCAGAUGAGGAGUCUGAGGAGGGGUCUCCCCUGAACGCCCCGCCGUCGGGCGGCGCCGUGAUCAGCGUGGGCCGGACCGCCGUCACGGCUGUGGACAGCGACAGCGAGUGGACGGAAGGCAGCGACAUGGAGGAGAUCGACCCGCGGCAGCUGCAGCGCUGUGGCCAGGAGAACGGCGGCGUAGAGAAGAACCCUCGCGGUAACCUAAUCAAAGACCUGACCAAGAAUCUGGAGAAGCAGCUUGCAGAACGAGGGCAGAAGAAGCCAGUCGGAGGCGUUUCAGUUUUACCAGUGAAGAAGGAGGUGGUACAGGAAUUAAAGUACACAGAAAUAGAUGAGGAUGAUGACGAUGACUGGGACAUCUCCUCAUUAGAGGACAAACCUUCGAUACCCAAGCCUGACAGUGGCACAGCUGCUGUAAAAAAGAGCCUUGACUCGUCCAAUACCAGUGUCUGGGGCACUUCAACAGGGAAGGGCCAGGAAGGAGGCCCUCAGAAAGGAGACACAGGCAGCACUCUGAAAAGCAGCUUGGUGACGGUCAGUGACUGGAGCGACUCUGACGAUAUUUAAGACGUAUGGAAAAAUUACAUCCAUAGAUUUUGCAAUAUCUCGGUACCAAUGACAAAAAAUACCCACAAAAUGGAGCACUUCAAAGAAGUGUCGAUGCUAAUGUAGUAAACCUUUUCUGUAAUCAGCCUUUGUGCCUGUCUAGUUACAUCUGAGGUUGGGGCGGAGGUUAUGUGAUCACUGCUGUCUCUGUCUGUCUGACUAUGAAGAGGUAAGAGGCUGAGACAAAAAAUGAUUGGUUGUGCACAUUGAGGAAAUGAGUGGAUGUUAGUGCUGAUAGGACAUCUGGUAAAGGUGGCAGAGAAAUAAUGGAAGGUUCUGGAUGGAAAGCGUAAUUUUUUCUGUAUAUCGGCUCCUUAAGCUCUCAGGAACGGCCACAUUCAUUCAUGUCUUCGUUUAGCUUUUGAUUAGACCAUUUACUUUUGCCUUACACACAUGAAAGUCAAAUCUCAUCAAAUAGACAAGGUCACAUAUGACAGAGAAUUGGAACAGAAAUCAGAAUAUAUGUUUGUAAAUUAAUUAAUAUGUAGUAAGUAUUUUACUAUGUAAAGCAGCUUCUAGUGGAAUUUUGCUUGUAAUUCAGAACUGAGGAAAAAGUAGAUGGAAAAAGGGGUGUGCCUCAGGUGUUUAUCAAGGCAGUGAAGGAACCGUGUCCAGGCCAAGCCUGAUGUUUAACAGCUGAGCAGCUACCUACAGUAAGUUGUCUUGCCACAUGAUACAGUGUGCAUUUACCUGCACAAAUGGAUUUUCUUGCUUCUCAUAUUUUUUCCGCUAUUUAAUGAACAAUCAAGGGUUUGUUGUUUGAAUGGCUCCAGCACUUUGUGUGAGUUUUUUUUUUUUAAAAUGCUUUAAUAUCACAUAUAAUUCAAUUGCCAUAACACAUAGAACAUUAGCAUUUAAUUUUUUU